GCACUCGCAAGGCAGUUCCCCGAGCCUCUCAAUGAUGUCUACCGGGUGGAGGCCUUCGUCGGGCAAGGCGCCUUCAGUACUGUUUGGCGUGCCACACACAGAACAUCUGGGCAGGUGCGAGCCAUCAAGAAGAUUGACACCACUGACCUGUCUCCAAGGGAAAUUGCCCAUGAGGUAACUGACUGCAUGAGACGCUUGGCAGUGCUGCUGAUCCCAAGUCUGGUGGCCAGCGAGCGGCCAGCACGAGUGGGGCGGGCACUUCAGCAAGAACUGGAAGACCGAAGCUUAAGAUCUGGGGGCAGAGGACAGCACGGCCUUGAAGGAAAGGUUCCUCACCCAGAUCCCAUUCCAGGAUCCCAGACAUGGCCAUCUGGUUCAGACAAGUGUGGGGCAAGGAAUGCGUAUGAAUGCGGAGAUGGAGAACACUGCUGCUGCAUGUUCGGCUGCAUUUAUGAUGUGGAGAAGGAUGCUUGCAGCGGCUGCGAUCCAUCAGAUCCACUCGUGGCCAAGUUCCAUAUCCCGGCAUCACAUCUUUGGAGGACUUGCAAUAUCAAGAACAGCCAUAAGUGCGGAUCUGCUUGCUGCUGCAAUGCUGGCUAUCAGUGGGGAUUGGAGUCUAGACGCUGUGAAGAGACAAAAGACCUUGCAGAGCUUCCGAAGAGUCUUCCUCAACGCCAGGUGCCGCAAGAAGAUCUUGUCCCAGGCUCACAGACCUGGAUCGAAGCCGGCCUGACUUGCGAGAGUAGGAAUGCCUACAGCUGCAGUGACGGACGUCACUGUUGCUGUCGAUUUGGCUGCCUUUUCAAUGCGGAGCAGGACAGCUGCACGGCUUGCCGUGACGACACUCCCGAGGUGCAAAGCUUCCAUAUCCCAUCGUCGCAUUUGUGGACUGAGAGAAUAGAGGAGGGUUCCUGCACCCCAGAGCAUAGUCACGUCUGUGGCAAGUCCUGCUGUUGUCACGGCCAGUACAGAUGGGAUUUAGAGCAGAGGCAUUGUGUGCGGGCAGGAGUUGUCAAAGCGCCAAGAAGGAUUGGGGUCCUCACUCCUCCCAAGCCCGCACCGAUUGCUGGGUCACAAACUUGGCUCUCUUGUGAGGCCAAGAAUGCAUAUGUCUGCGGCUCCAAUCACUGCUGCUGUAUGUUUGGCUGUGAAUACAAUCUCGAACGAGAUGCUUGCAGCAGCUGCAACGACAAAGACCCAUUGGUGGCCAAGUUUCACAUCCCAGCAUCUCAUCUUUGGACGGCCCGGCGGCAGGAGAAGAAUUGCGAUGCCUCCAACAGCCAUCGUUGUGGGCAAUCUUGCUGCUGCAAUGGGGACUAUGUUUGGGACAUGGAGCUACGAAGGUGCACGCAAGCUGCCCAGGCGGAUGAGACGACCACUGAGUCUUGA